CCUUUCUGCCGUGAUCGCGCCUCCUGAAGCAUAUAUGAAUGGCUGUAGGGACUGAGCAUCAGCUGCACAUGUCGGCGGAUGAGGCAUCCCCAAGCCAAAAGAUCACCAGCGCUACGUUGACAUCGCCUCGUUGUUCCAUUGAUCAUCUGCCAUCGGAACUCCUUGCAGUGGUUUUCGAGCUUGCUACCCAUCUAUCCAACUCCGACCUACAGGCCCUGCGCUUGACAUGCCACAAGUGGUCGGAGAUAGUCUCCGCGACGCCUACAAUAUGGACAUCCAUCGAAUGCAACCUAUCUGAGCUGAACGCCAGGAACUUCAUCGUGAACUUACCCUCCAUCCUUCGGCGUUCCAAAGCGCUGCCAAUUGACAUCAGACUCCGUCUUCUUUCUGGAAACAAACAACAAGACUUCGACGAUGUGUUCGCGUCGUUAGCUGUACAUUCGAGCCGUAUCCGAUCUCUUACUAUCAUAUCGGAAGAAUCGACAGGCUUUAAUGCUUUUGAGAAGUUCUGGGAAGACGCCGCAUUGAAUGCCGAUUUCCUCUCUUCUCUACACGUCGACGACCGCAGCCAGGACACCAACUCGAGCGCAGGCGCCAACAAACCGUUAGUCGACACUCCUUCCGAAACCCGCCCCAGAGCACCUAACUUGACCUCCUUGACACUUGGUGGGCGCGCUCUUGGUGUUUUAUCGAUGCACGACAGCAGGUUCCUGCACGUCAUCUCCUUGACGUUCGUCAACAGUACGGUAGAAGGCAUCAUCCCGAUAUUCUUAUCAGCUCUUGCAAACCUCCCCUCCCUAGCGCACCUCACUUUCAGGGAUAUGAUCCAAGUGUCGAAUUCUGUCAUCCCGCCUUGCUUUCUCUCUCAGGCCCUGCUCUCUCUGACGUUCAAGGAGAUCGACGUACUAUGCAUCACUACCAUCUUGCGCACCCUCCGCCACGCGCCAAGGCUGCUUUCCUUUAUCGACUGUGUGUCUCUGCCAUCGGAGCUGCGGGUGGCAGCAGACACCCUCGAGAUAUGUAAUCCGCCUCAUUUCUUCGACGCCGCUGCAUUUGUCCAAGAGUGGUCAGGUACCAAACUCAUUCUCCAGAGCGUCCAUUUCAAACCUCUCGCCACGACCCCCGUCUUCUUCCUCCCUAUUUGUUUGCAGGAGAUCGAGUUGAACGACUGCUGCUGCUACUCUAUUGAUGCCCUGAAGGAUGCCGUGGAGCAGCGCUUGAUCGAUUCUGGGCGGUCCAUGAUCAAGCGACUUACGGUGCGCGAGGCAGGCUACGAAGUGGAACCAGCGCAUAUCCGGUGGCUGAGAGAUCGCAUUCCAAAGGUGUCUUGGGAGGAAUAA